AUGACCAUUGUUAUUGAACCAAUCGUUUACACAAAAAACUUAAUGGAAGAUGAUGAAGAUGACUUUUUUGCUUAUCAAACAGCGAAAUCAUUAAAUAAUAAACGUACACAAUUAAAACAAUUUUUGCAAGCUCCUGUCACUUCUAAGGAAAUAUCAAGUUCCAGUAAUUCAGAUUCAGAUAGUGAAAAUGAUUUAAUUUCAAUAAAAAAACCGAAAUCAACAUCUGUUAAUAUUCCCGUUCAACCAAUUAUUAUCGAAACUGAAACAAUAAAAAAUAAAGAUUUAAUUAAAAAUGAAAUUGAUGCUAUUGUUACAUCAUGUUUUACAUCAUCAAAUAAAGAAGUUAAACGAAAAAUUAAAUUAGGAAAACGAACUGCAGCUGAUGAUCAAGAAUGUGAAGAUGAAGAUGAAUAUUUAACACAUAUUAUGCAUCAAAAUCGAAAUAGACAUAUUAGCAGAGCAAAAAUGAAUUUAUUAAAUAAAAGUCAAUUAGAAGAAAAUGAUGAAAAAGUUACACGUGAAACUGCUGCUUAUAAUCGAUUAGAUGCUGUAUUACGUGUUACAAAACCUUUAUGUGAAAAACAAAUUGAUUCGAUCGAUGAUGAAGAAGAAGAACAAGAAAAUGAACCGAUAAAAACAAACAUAUCCAGUGGUAUAGAUGCGAAUGAUCCAGUUAAAACACUUUCAUUUGAUAGAAUAACAUUAAAUAUUGAUCAUUCUGAUGGACGUCAAUUAACAUUAUUAUUACCAUCAUCAAUAACAUUAAAAGAUCUUCAUGAUCAAGUAGCUGAACGUUUAUCUUUACCAUCAAUAUAUCUUGUUUAUAAUAAUCAAACAUUAAAAUUAGAUGAUAAUAAUCAAUUAAUGACACUUAAACAAUUGAAUUUUUCAUCAAAUAAUAUUCAAUUACUUGAAUCUUAUCCAUUAGUACGUAAACUUAAAAUAUUUAUUCAAACAUCUUCUAAAUCUUCAGGUCGUCGUCGUUCAUCUUUCAUACCGAAACGUGAAUAUACAAUGAUGGAUACAGAUCAUUUUGAAAUAAUAUUUAAUGCAUACAAACGUGAUGUUAAAUCAGAUAAUAUUCGAUUUGAAUUUGAUGGUGAUACACUUCAUCCACAUGCAACACCUAUUGAUUAUGAUAUGGUUGACGGAGAAAUUCUUGAUGCAUUUAUCGUACCAACAUCAAUCAAUAGUAAUAAACAAAAUAAUCAAUCAAAAAUAAAGAAAACGAAAGAAAUUAUUUUUGAUAAUGAUUCAGAUAAUUAA